CUCCAGGGCUGUUUAAAACACGGCGCAUUUAUUAACAUUAAACAUUGAGCUUUUGGCAAAGCGGGGCAAUUUUCAUGAAAUCCCUGUUCCCGAAGAUCUUCCAAACUCAAUCUCGCUAAUCUGACAAGCCUUGAAUGGCAUAACAUUACUGCUUAGUAUCAAAUCAUCAUUAUAUCGUGCAGCAUUGUGUCGACUCACUUCCCGACUUUCUAAUUCUCUUGACUUCAUAACACUUCAUGAUGUCUAGCUCAGCUGCGAAUUCAGAAAAGGCCUCAGUGCUAUUCGUUUGCUUAGGAAACAUUUGUCGAUCAACGAUGGCUGAAGGCGUCUUUCGGUCCAUUGUGAAAGAUAAGUCUUCGCCUUACUACAACCUCAUCGAUAAGGUUGAUUCUUGCGGGACUGGAGGCUAUCAUACUGGUGAUGAACCGGAUGAGCGAACGAUGUCAACUCUCGCAGAUAACGGCAUCACGAAUUAUAAGCAUGGCGCACGCAAGCUCCGCGAUAGCGACUUCCGGGAUUUUGACUAUAUAUUUGCGAUGGAUACUGCAAACCUGAUGGAUCUCGAGCGAUGGAAGGAGAGGAGUAAGAAACCUAUCAAAGCCAAAGUUAUGUUAUUUGGCGAGUUCUCCGGCACGGGCCGUAAGGAAGUAGUGCAGGACCCGUAUUACAUCGGGCUCGAAGCUUUUGAGAAGGCGUUUGAGCAGUGCAAACGGUUCUCGACUAAUUUCCUGGAGCAAACAUUUCCUGAUGCGAACUAGACGGCAUGAACACGCAUAGUUAGAUGAUACCCGGUAGACAUUUCUUCAUCUUAGAUUAUAGACAGGUCAAUAAUAGUAGUGAGCAUGCACGGAA